CACACACACACACACUCACACACUCUCGCACACACUUCUCCCCCACCUUCCCACUUUCUCCUGUGCAGCCGAGGCGCUUUUCGUCUCCAAAGCCUGUCUCCAGAAGCAUGUCCUCAGACAUGCAGCCGCGGUGCGAUGAAGCGGACCAAAAGACGCCACCAGCAUGACAGCAUGAAAGCAGUGGCCAUGGCUAUUAACCAUGAAGCUGGAGCCGGACACGCCCAUCGCUUCCUUCUGUCAAAAAGAGCCCCUCUGGUGCUACAUUGAACACACACUCUCCAAGUAUGCCAUCCCAGUGCAAGAAAGCCCAACGGACUGCUUAACACCCGCUGUUCCAUGUGAGUAGGAGGUGGCAACACAAGACCAAAUGCCAUGGAUGUAUUCAAUUUCACCUACUGGAAUGCCUCUGAAGGCAACAGCACAGAAGUGGUGGAAGAGAGCAAGAGCGCCUACAAAACUGUGGAGGUGGUGUUCAUCGUGUUGGUGGCCGGUUCCCUCAGCUUGGUUACAGUUAUUGGAAAUAUCCUGGUCAUGCUUUCCAUCAAAGUUAAUAGGAACUUACAGACUGUCAACAACUAUUUUUUAUUCAGCCUUGCAUGUGCUGAUCUAAUUAUCGGACUGUGCUCUAUGAACUUGUACACAGUCUACAUCGUAAUGGGGUACUGGCCCCUGGGCCCGGUGGUAUGUGACCUGUGGUUAGCCUUGGACUACGUUGUCAGCAACGCAUCUGUCAUGAAUCUUCUCAUCAUAAGCUUUGACAGAUACUUCUGUGUCACCAAGCCCCUCAGCUACCCUGUCAAAAGGACCACCAAGAUGGCAGGAAUGAUGAUUGCAGCAGCCUGGGUCCUGUCUUUCAUCCUCUGGGCCCCAGCCAUCCUGUUCUGGCAGUUCAUUGUUGGUGGGCGGACAGUGCCUGAGAAGGAAUGCUACAUCCAGUUCUUCUCUAAUGCUGCAGUCACUUUUGGCACCGCCAUCGCCGCCUUUUACCUGCCUGUCAUCAUCAUGAUUCAGCUCUACUGGCAGAUCUCCAGAGCGAGCAAAAGCCGCGUGAAGAAGGAAAACCGCAAGCCAUCAGGAGCCAAUCCAGAGCCCGUGUCGCCUGGCCAGCGGAGUAACAACGUACCAAAACCCAACAAUAACAACGUACCAGGGGAGGACACAGGCCGCUCCCAGAGCCAGAAUGCUGAGGAUGGAGCCAACCAGCAUGAUGGAAAACUGCAAAACGGCAAGGGGCCUUCCUCGACCACUGCUGAGGGAGAAACCGAAGCUGACGACGCGGCGAGGGAGAACUGCGCUGCUGGGGAGGAGAAGGAGAGCUCCAAUGAUUCAACAUCCGGCAGCGUGGCUGCGUCCAAUCAGAAGGAAGAGGAGGCGGCAGCCUCCACUGCUAACUCCAGCGCCGAGACGAGCCAGCCACUCCCACGUCAGCGAGCCAAGGCAGGGGGCUCCAAGCUGACCUGCAUCAAAAUCAAGACGAAAUCACCCAAGGGUGACUGCUACACACCGUCCAACGCCACCGUCGAGAUCGUCCCAGCCACCGAGCGGCAGAAUCACGUGGCGCGCAAGAUCGUGAAGAUGACAAAACAACCCCCCAACAAGAAGAAGAAAGGGCCGCCAUCACGGGAGAAAAAAGUGACCCGCACCAUAAUGGCCAUCCUGGUGGCUUUCGUUGCCACCUGGACUCCUUACAAUGUGAUGGUGCUUAUUAACACCUUCUGCUCCAGCUGCAUCCCCAGCACAGUGUGGACUAUUGGCUACUGGCUGUGCUACAUCAACAGCACCAUCAACCCGGCCUGCUACGCCCUGUGCAACGUCACAUUCAAAAAGACAUUCAAACAUCUUCUUCUCUGUCAGUAUAAAAACAUUCGGUCAGCCAGAUAAAUAUGGGCCACUUAGGAGGAAGAGUCGAAGUAUGAUUUGCCCUGUGUGUGUGUGUGUGUGUGUGUGUGUGUGUGUGUGUGUGUGUGUGUGUGUGUGAAAGAGGUCUGUGAGUGUGAUGAAGACUGCAAGAGAACAUCUGAAAUUACUUUCCAUCAUUUUAUCCUUUUGUUUUCCAGUUUCUCUCUCAAUAACCGGUUGUAGCACUUUACACAAAUCCAACUCACGCCAGUUGCGUUGAGACGUGUCGUGCAGAAGCAGCAUAGAUCAGGGAAGGUUGUGAAAAAUUCAGUUCGACUUGGCUCGAAAAAGCGAGGGCGUGUAAAGCAGGGAGCACUUGGGAAUGACACCGAGCUGAUAAAAAAAUGAGGAAAGAUAAAGAGCGGAGGAAGAUCUGCGCUGUAUGAAAACACAAGACUUCAAAUGGGAAAAUAGGGCUGACUGAAUUUACAAACCUCAGAAGUUUGAAGUUCAGUGAAGAUACCUGUAGAUAACUGUACAUAUCAGUGUAUACUCAGUAUUAAUGUGAGCCCACAUGUGGGUGUGUGCCGGCUCGGAGUGCGUGCGUACACUCAUGUGUGCCCCUCUCAGCCUGCCUUCUUUCUGUCUGUCUGUGAUCCUCAUCAUGGCACUUCCAACCAGCGACAUGUAGAAUAAAGUGGGGCAGCGAACACAGAUUGCCUCUUACGUGGUCACAUCAGGGUUGGAAGCUAUCCCAUCUACCAAUGAGCCCCUGUGGGAAUGAGUAUCCAUUAAUACAUAAUAGAUAUAUGAAUAUAUUAAAGCUGCACUUCAGCCACAUUACAAAAGAUGCUUUCUGUACUCGGCCGUUUAACCAUGCAGGUGGUUAGGGUGCUUUUAUUUGGCCAAUUAUCCGUCUCCAAAGUUCUGCCUCCACUCCAAAACAAUGGAGAUCAAUGCAGAUGUGUUUGUGCUCACUGGCUACACAGUCCUCACUGAGAAGAGUUUUUCCAUUAGAUCUUCUAAUAGACUUCCAAAUAGAAAGUUUACCUACCACUCAGAUGUGAUUGGCCAAUACUAAUCAGCUUAAAACAGAAACCAGAAUGUGUCCCAUACCAAAAUCUUUGCCGGUCGCCUACAGAAUCUGCAUAUAUAUGCAGACAACUGUUUAUAGCCCAGACAUUAGUGGAUACUCAACCACUAAAUUGGAUCCUACGAGAGAAUAAACCCCCGCUUUGAUUUAAGGAAGAGUGGGACAGUUUGGGAAUUAUGCUUAUUCGCUGUCUUCCCAAGAGUUACAUGAGAAGAUUGAUCCUAUUCAUGUCUUUAGAAAUGAGCUUAGCAUAAAGACUCGGAGCAGGCAGCAACAACUGGCCUAGCUACUUAAAAACAGCUUAGUCUACCUGCACCUCUACAGCAAGCCAGCCAUUUUUGGAGGAUCAGGGUCAGAGUGCCGUCCGUGGUUGUUCAGUGAAAGUGUCAAAAAGAAUUGUUAAACAAAACACUCUUCAGUGAAUACAGUCAGACACAAAGGUAGGCUAAUGUUAUGUGUUUCACUUUUCUAGAUACUGGUAGAUCAAUUAUUCAUGAUUAGCCAGCGUUUUAUAGCAUUCACUUAGCAUAACAUGAGCUAUCUUUUGUCUGAUUGUGUAGUGUGGCUUGUAGAUCUGAAGGUCAUGUACUCUGGGGUUUGACUGGGGAAGGCGCUGUCACCAAACACCAGGUAGACAACAGUGAUUAUAAAGGGUGGCAAGCUGUCAAGAUCUUUAAGGAUCCAUGUCAUUAAGUAACUUCAAUUUUCUAAUAUACAUUUCUGAUGAACGAUAAUUAGACCAGCAGCUACUGUAGCUAUGGAAGCAUAUCCUCCAGAAAUGGCGACAUCACCCAAGAAUGCUUCACUUUCCUAUUCCUAGUAACUCGCUAUAUCUCACAUGUUGUAUGUGUAAAAUAACCAAAGUGCAAAACAACAAAUUGUGGUUUUAUAAGAUUUAAGUUAAAGUAUCUCGGUCUUGUUCAUGGGUGACGGUAGAAUGGAGCGUGAAAUGGACCAGCGGUUUGGUGCAGCUUCUGCAGUGAUGCAGGGACUGUGCCAGACCGUUGUGGUGAAGAGGGAGCUGAGCCAGAAGGCGAAGCUUUCGAUUUACUGGUCCAUCUACGUCCCAACCCUCACCUAUGGUCACGAACUCUGAGUAGUGAUCAAAAGAAUGAGAUCGUAGAUACAAGCGGGGUGGCUGGGCUCAGCCUUAGACAUAGGGUGAGGAGAAAGCUCGGAGUAGAGCCUCCUUCGAAAGGGGUCAGUUGAGGUGGUUCAGGCAUCUGAUCAGGAUCCUCCUGGGCGCCUCCUGUUAGAGGUGUUUCAGGCAUGUCCCACUGAUAGGAGGCCCCGGGGCAGACCCAGAACAUGCUGGAGGGAUUAUAUAUCUCAUCUGGCCUGGGAACGCCUCGGGGUCCCCCAGGAGGAGCUGGAAAGAGUGCCUGGGGAGAGGGACGUCUGGGGUGCUUUGCUUGGCCUGCUGCCCCCACGACCUGCCGCAAAUGAAAAUGGAUGAAUUGCCAAAAUCUCCUGAAGUCUUGUUUUCACCAUGAGGCCAAGAAAUAGUCCCUCAUGUAACCACCUUAAAUCCACAACUUGCUGUUUUCACAUUUUUGGUUUCCACAGUAGAAAACUCACUUAGUUCAAACUUCCAUGUAACAUGACAGAUAACAACCAAAUAGCUGUAAGAACAACAAACAACAGGAGUUUUGACUAAAUAGACGAAAAAAAAAAAGAUUGUUCAGUCGCUCUCUUUGAUUCGCCAUCCGUUCACAUCACAUCACGUCAGCUUUUACAACCGCUGACAGGAUGUCUGAUGUUUAUUUCAUGGUGGUUAUUAAGAUGCCUGUGUUUGCUGUCACUGCUAAGAACCUUCCUACUCUGCGAGUGAAACAGGUGGCUGGAGCUCAGAGCUGUGGCUUCGUACGGUCUGUGGGAAGGCAUUGUGUGGUGUGUUUUUCUUUUGGUGUGUGUGGAUGAGUGGGAGACAUCAUAUGAUUCUGCUGAUUAGUAGACUGAUGUCACGGCGUGUACUGUACACACUGUACUGAUGAUGAUUGUGAGGAGUUGUGUGUGUAUGUGUGUGUGGGAGCUCUUGUGUGUGGGUAUACAUGCUGACGUGUGUUUGCUCCAGGAGUGGAGUUUACUUCUGAUCACAGGUCGUGACCCUGUGAUUUCAAUAAGGGCUAUUACCGCGUCUUUACCGUUCACGUUUUGUAACCCAUCUCCUUUUUUUUCACUUGAGAAUUCAUGUUUAUUAAUUACAUGUAAAUCAUUAUACACUUAGAUUAAACAUAAUAAAUAGCUGUGCUUAGUUUAAUUGGAAGAGAAAUAAGAAAACCAAUUUACUGUACAUGUUCUGUGCAUCCAUGCGUGUUAUCCAUCAUUUCAACCUAUUAGACAAUUCUCAGUUAGAUUAAUGUAUGCUCACCAGUUGCAGUGAUAAAUAUUCAGGAGCGUUUGUCAUCAGGAGGUUGCCACGGCGGCUGGUAGGGGGGCUCUGCGAAGAAUUACGCCCGCACCCAACAGCUCCUCAAGGCUGUCUCCUUAAACAGAGAUCUGGGACAGAUCCUAUAAUGAACACUCACCAUGAGGCUGAUCAGAUUACGGGACGACGUGGAACACCUACAUUUGAGAUUAAAGAUUGCCCAUUACACGCUCAGCUUGGGCUUGCAUACGACGCACCCAUGCCCUAUUUAGUGCUCCGCUCAGUCCUGAUCCUGUUAUAGUCUCUACCUCAUAUAUGAGGUCAUGAAUGUAAUGUAAAUAUCACAUAUAUAUAUUCAUCAGCUUGCUCUAUUAUUAAUUCUCUUUCUCCUGCCUUCCUUCCUGCUAUAUUACACUGCAGAGCUCCUAUAUGUGCAGGAUAGAACAUCCUUGCACGUGCAUUCAGAUUUUGAAGCUGCAGUCACAGAAAUGAGUCACAGUUUUGCAUAAAGCGAACACACUGACAUUUACAUUUCUUUACUGGCAACCUGCAGCUAAAUGGUAAAUGUUAGAAUACCAGAAGGUUGGGAUGCAUCUAAUAUUCAAUUCAGACAACUGAAGACCACAUUUACUUGUUGGGGAUCCUUAAUUUGCAAUCAGAGCAGCCCAGAUUAUUUCAGCAUGGACUCACAUGUGGCAGACUCAUCAGCUCAACAUUUAUUUUAUGAACUCCACUCCAGCAUAGUAAAACAAAAACAGGUGUCAGGAUGCUGUUUACUCUACCUGUUAUGUAACUUAAAAAUAGCAACAUCAGACAGUUUUUGCCUCUUUUUAGGUGGCAGGAGUGAAAAUUAGUCAUCCUCAGUAUUCACUGUGUUGUGGUUUCAGAAUGACGAAGACAGCUGGAGAACAAUAAGAUACAAAACAGGAUGUAGGCUCUACAGCAGUGAACCUCGGACUGCGGGCCAGAUGGGGUGCCGGCUGGCCGACUGACUAUUUUCUAAUUCACAGUGGAAAUAAAUUAAAUCACACUGGGAUUUUUUUUGUAAUUUGAGUGUUAAUAAGGUGCCAGAAUGUAUUUAAAAAUGAUGUGAAUUGUGCUUAUCUAUCAAAAAAGUGUCCCCGACCCCCUCAACAGAGUUUCAGAAACACCCCUGCAUGUACCUGAUCUGUGCAGGGCUGCCACGACUGAAUCUCCCUUUUGGCAGAGAUAAGUGGGGACAGUUAACAUCAGAAAGUUGAGGCAAUUCAUUCAUUAUAUAUACUGAACAAUAUGUUUAAUGUCCGUUUAUAAAUUGGGCCCUGGCCUCCUGUCAUUUUGCAAAUGUGACCCCCGGGCAAAACAGGUUGAAAAGCCCCACUCUACAUUUUUUUCCCAAAUGAUAAACAGAUUUUUAUGUGUUCUAUUUUCUCAGAUGGCUUGAAAAAUAGUGCAUAAAGCUGCUGUAAAUAGCACAAAAAAUCUCCUGAGGGGGGUUGGGCUGAGCCCCCAAUGUUUACAACAUCUGGCUCCACCCCUGCUGCAUUUAUAAUUCUACUUAAUGGGGCCCUCUGUUUAAUUGUCAAAAACGCAGCUAAUCUGUUUCAUCAUGUCUACAUAGUAGUGGUCGACCAAUAGUGGAUAUUCAUUCAUUUUCCUAUCCCAGCUGACAUUAAGCGAGAGGUGGGGUGCACCCUGGACAGGUCACCAGACUAUCACAGGGCUGACACAUAGAGACAGACAACCAUUCACACUCACAUUCACUCCUACGAACAAUUUAGAGUCACCAAUUAACCUGCAUGUCUUUGGACUGUGGGAGGAAGCUGGAGUACCCAGAGAAAACCCAUGCUGACACGGGGAGAAAAUGCAAACUCCGCACAGAAGGGCUCCCACAACCUGGGUUCAAACCAGGAACCCUCUAGCUGUGAGGCGACCACUGCACCACCCCGCCGCCCAGUGGAUAUUUAAAGACCAAUAUAAUGACGAUAGCUGUGCACAAGAAAACGUCAGUAGCCAAUUAAUCAUUUAAUUUUUAACAAGGGCCUCUAAUUUGAAACAGGAAGCUGCAACAUUCACUCAUUGGACUCAUAGACUUUUGCUCUAGCAUUGAUAGUGCUACAGUGCUGGAGCAGCUGUUGUGGUCGAGCCAAAAAGUUAUGGAUAUACAUGUGAAAAUGAGGAACAGUAGACACAGUAACACAGCAGAGGGGACCUGCGUUCUCAACCCGAUCUCACUCUGAAGUCGUCGAAAUCCAGCACUCGGGCAGUGACUUGCGGCAUCAGACACUAACGAACAAAGUCGUCCUUUCACGUCAGCAUGAUACGCGGCCAGUCGCUGUUAUAGUUUAAAGGUGCUUGGCGGUGUCAGGGGGAAACGCUGUGGGACACGAAGAAAAGUUAAGGUGACGAAAGUCCAAGUAGGGCAGGCAGGAGGGGUGGUGGAUGGGUCCAACAAACACCGACUUUCACCUGGCAGAGCAGUGUCCCGUAAGAUUAUAAAGCUAAACCCUGUUCUUUAUUCCUAAACCUAACUACGUGCGUUCGGAAAAAUCUUUAUUUUGAAAGAGACUGUAUGUAAACAGUAUAUUUCCUGUGAAAACAGAAGUGUAUUUUGGAAGAAGACAAUGCUUGACACAGCGUCCAAGAACGUCAAGAACCAACGCACCCAGGGUACCUUUCAUGUCGUGUCUGGACGUGGAAAGUCCAUGACCAAGACAUCGAUACGUGACGAGGUCGGAGUGAGAAUGUGUUGGCUUUCUCUGGAUUUAUGCCCACUAAUCAUUUAACACAACCCUGCCUUCUUUAGCUCCAGUUGGUGAUGUACAUCCCCACAAUACUGGUGACCACUACACAACUAUCGGCCACCUUCAGAUUUGUGUUAUUUGAGUAAAUGUUCUUUCCGAUACUGCUGCACGUGCAGUACAUGUGGAUGGUCCAUGUUUAUCUACCCGAGCAGUUACAGCAGGAACUGAGGCAUCCAUCCAAGUUCGACAUCCAACCAUCCGUCACGGUGAUAAGUGGAGCCAUGUCUGUCUGACAUCCGUCACACAUCUCAGUAGUGGGUAGAGAGCCUUCCAGAAUAUCUGAUUAAUCUUUGCUAAGCUGUCGUUUGAGUGAUACCAGCAGGAGAGUAAGUGCCUCGCAGCUCGAGCGGUGGUCCGGGGGUCCCGGUUUGAGCAGCUGCUCGGGUGUUUGAUGGAAGGUGAUGGCAGUUUAUCACCUCCCCGGUGCGGGAAAAGCGCAGAGGUGCAUCUAAAAAACAAAAGUGUUCGCUGUUGCUAUCUGCUCGGCAUGCACUUUAAACAUCAGGAACAAAGUUCUCAUAAACCGAUCCGCUCUCCCCGCGGCUGUUGCCAAGUCGUUGGACAGAUGAGAACAAAAAGACGUUCUUGUAUCAGGCGUUGUCGAGGAGGACAUGGAUGAUGUGAGAGAAUGUGGGCUUAUGAUAGAACAGGAGGGGUUGUUUGUUGACAGCAAAGGAGAACGGCUGUCAUGCAUGUGAGGGAGGAGAGUAGCUGAUAGCCCCCGAGGUGUACACUUUGUACGUAUGAAACAGAUAAGCUUGUCUUUGUCGUCAUGGCUACUCAUACAGGGGAUUGAUAGAGAGGGAAGACGGGGGAGGACAAGGUGGGGGCUUGUCAGUGACAAAAUCCAAAGCUAGAGGAUCACUGCAUGUGGACCAUGUUUGGAGAAGUCACAGCCGUUCCUCGCAGGUCAGCCAAGGGUUCUGCUGCAGGAAUUUGAGAGUCCCAGACGAAUCCUGCCGCCUGGUGUAAACACAGUGUGAUACAGCGCUGUUUACCAUCCCUCCUGCGUCUCAUUCUCAUGUUGUGGAUCCACCGUCUCUCACUUUGUGGGUAUUACAACCACAAUGCACACAUGCUCGUGUACAGAACAUGCAUUGUGAUCAUCUGUCUCAUGUGACUAAAAUAAACAUUGUCUCCUUUGUCAUCAACAAAUCAUAAUGUGCCGUCAGAGCUAGCUGGGCUCCUCUUCAUACGGCUUAUGUCAAAGGGCUAAACUCCUUUUACGGAGUACAUAUGACAUGUAACGUUUAUCAGAGACGACUUCAAAUUCAAGGUUUCCCUGGAUUCACUCUUGGGGCCGUUUGCCGGGAAUAAUCUCAGCAAUUGUGUGCAUGCAGCCUGUGCAUGCUGGGAGAAUUUUAUCAGAGACAGAAAAAUAUAUAAACAUAUAUCGCCAGAUUGUACGGAGCAAUUUGAAGUGCCUUAUCCAGAGUAACAUAAACAAAUUGCUCUUUUACCCUGAAAUCCCUGUUGUGUCUGUCUGUGCUGGAAGGUGUAGAUGCUGUUCAUGGGCGGAUUAUGAGACAGGGGGCCCCUGGGCACAGAUAUGGAAAAGGGCCCCACCACCUCUUCAACGUAGGGGCAAAACACACAGAUUUUGUGGUUGUCUUGGCUCUUUUUAGUGGUUUGUGUGUCUUCGUAGUGGUUAUGUGUCUCUUUAAGGCCAUUUUGUGUCUUCUUUGGUCAUUUGGUGUCUCUAUGAGAUUAUUUUUUGUCUCUUUGAGGUAAUUUUUGGGUUUUCUUUGGUCAUUUGGUAUCUCUUUGAGGCUAUUUUUGUCUCUUUGAGGUCAUUUUGUGUCUUCUUUGGGCCAUUUUGUGUCUCUUUGAGGUUAUUUUGUGUCUCUGAGGUAAUUUUGGGGUUUUCUUUGGUCAUUUGGUGUCUCUUUGAGGCUAUUUUUUGUCUCUUUGAGGCCAUUUUGUGUCUCUGAGGUAAUUUUUGGGUUUUCUUUGGUCAUUUGGUAUCUCUUUGAGGCUAUUUUUGUCUCUUUGAGGUCAUUUUGUGUCUUCUUUGGGCCAUUUUGUGUCUCUUUGAGGUUAUUUUGUGUCUCUGAGGUAAUUUUUGGGUUUUCUUUGGUCAUUUGGUGUCUCUUCGAGGCCAUUUUGUGUCUUCUUUGGUCAUUUUAUGUUUCUUUGAGGUUAUUUUGUGUCUCUUUGAAGUAACUUGGGGUUUCUUUGGUCAUUUGGUGUCUUUGGUCAUUUGGUGUCUCUAUGAGGCUAUUUUUGUCUCUUUGAGGCCAUUUUGUAUCUUGUUUGAGCUCAUUUUGUGUCUCCUUUGGUCAUUUUAUGUCUCCUUGAGGCUAUUUUGUUUCUGUCUGAGGUUAUUUUGCAUCUCUUUGAGCUUAUUUUGUGUCUUUUUUGGUCGUUUUGUUCCCCUUUGUGCUUGUUUUGCCCCUUUUAAGUAGUCAUAUUUUCUCUCUUUGCAGCUCCUUUGUGUCUCUUUGUGGUCAUUUUGAGUCUCUUUCUGGUCGGUAUGUGUUGAUUUAAGAGACAUUUUGCAAUUGAAGGCCAGAGGGGCCCCUGACACUUUGGGCCCCUGGGCCUGUGCCCAAUAGAUGUGCUCAGUAAUUCGUCCAUGAUGACGCUGCGGUGUGAUGCACGUUGAAGAGCAUGUUCUGCCUUUUAAAUAAACUUUUUUGUUGGAGAUAUUGUGUUCCUCAGCUCUGAGCUCCCAUAAUUUCCAUCUUAACAGCCACCGUCUGAUUGCAGAGGCAAUGAAAGUUUGGACUGAACAAUCUGAAAUCCUCAUCUCGAUGCCUUUUGGGGUAAUUCAUCAGAAACUGUACAGUAUACAGUCACAGCAGUGACAUAUUUCAAUACUAUCCAGGAGGCACAGCGGGCUACUUUGGUUGAUUUUCCAUCCAAUACGUGUGUGUUUGUGUGUGCGUGUGUGUGUGUGUGUGUGUGUGUGUGUGUGAGGUGUGAGUGUGUGUGUGUGUGCAUUCAAUUUUACAUAUGGGAAAUUUCCCGUGUGUGUCUGCCAAUAUACCGAGAACAGUGUUGUCAUUUGUGGGUGUGGGUGUGUGUGUGUGUGUGUGUGUGUGUGUGUGUGUGUGUGAGCAUGCAGCUUGCUGUGCGGUGUUUUAUUUUCUUCUAAACUCCUCAGCAUGAAGACAUCCGAUUGGACAAAAUAUCACGGCACACAUCAGGGAAGACGCACACAGUGUGAUUGCCUAUUUCUCUGUCAUCUCUCCUUCCUCUUUAAACAAGUCUUUCAAUAGCAACAGGCUUCCAAAGACUCACUUAGACUCAGCUCUGCGUGGUACUGGAAUACAUACUGUACAUUAUAUUGUACAUUUUGUACACACACUUAGUAAAACUGUUUGUUUUAUCACUGUACAAAUACACAUGUAAUAUUACAGAUUAAAAUAUGAUCAGUGUACAGCCAGAGAGUUUCUUUUAUGUGGGUUUGGAAUUCAAAUUGUAAUUUAAAAUCUAUAAAGAUAUGAAUAUUAAGUGUGUUUCAAAGAGAAUAUGAUUAUAAGAGCAGGAGGUAUAAAUAUAUGUGCAUUUCUGGAGGCAUGAUUUGCAAAGAAAUGGAUUCUCGCCUUGCAAAAUGAGCAACUGGAUUCAAACUUUUCAACUUUCGGAGCAGCGUUCAAGAUUGCAGGAGUGACUUUUGCAGCCAGAAAGGGGGAUAAAAGAGCAAACCUGGAAACUCAGAGGAGGACAAAAGCUGAGAGUAGUUUCCAGUGACGAAGGCCCGAAGGCCGGAGGCAAGGGCUUCAUUCUGAUUUCACCUGUAAAUUUAUGAGGCCUCACACUCACCUGGGGAAGAAGCUGGCCGUCUGAUAUCUUACUGGACACACUUUCUAACUUUUGCAAUUUUAACAUCCUGGGGAAAAGUUUUUUUUUUCUUUUGUGGAGCACCCACAGUGUUGAUGUUUGAGUUGUUUGACCCGCUCUGAACUUUAAGGGUCGAGAUUAACGUUUAAAACAAAAUCAGCAAACAGAAAAACGAAAAAAAAAAAAGAAGUAAACUCAGUAGCCUGCUGCAAGUGUUAAAUGUACAUACAAGUGUUCAUUUUUCAUUUGCUUACGUAUGUAGAUGUUCAUUGUGUAUUCACUCACUGUGGCUUGUGGCUUCUCUUCGCAAUAGGAAAAAUAAAUUUUACAGUCUAUUGUUUGCAUUGUAUAUAUCUAUAUGAUGAUAAAUUAUAUGUAAUUCGGAUGCGGUACAUUUGAAAUGUACAUACACGUCUUUAAUAGCUACUAUCUGAAUGUUUCCUCCCCCAAAGAACCCCUCAUUUAUUCUCCUCCCCCUCCCCCCUCCUCCUCCUCCUCCUCCUCUCCCCACUAUGAUACUUCCUGUACAGUAACAAUGGUAUUGAUUUCAUAUUUUGAUGCAUUCUUGAUUGAUUAUUUGUUCUGGACAAUGAAUCUGAGUGUUACUAUCACUGGCCACCUAUGACACUGUAAGAUGAACUGCAUUAAGUGGUUACAUUGUGCCAUAUUCUCU